CACAGCGGCAGCGCAGCUUCCACCGACAAUGAUAUUCAAGGCACUUGCGGCUCGUCUGCAGCGAUAGGAGAAACGAGGAGAGAAAGAGCGAGCCUCACCUCCUCAAACAGCGAGUGAGGCAGGGAAAAAGAGCCAGAAAGCGACACAGAGAGAGAAAGAAACAGAGAGCGCGCGAGGAAGAGAAGAAGCUGUGGAGUUAAAGGAAAAAGACGACAGCGGCUUGGACCUCGCGCGAGGAGUGUUUAAAUUGUUCACGCUUAUUGUGCAAAGUGUUUAACAUUCAUACUGAUUCGACAUGUCAUCGUCCGGUAAAGACAACAGCGGUGCCCAACAUGCCAAUUACGUGGGACCUUACCGUUUGGAGAAGACGCUGGGAAAAGGACAGACAGGGUUGGUGAAGCUUGGAGUUCACUGUGUAACAUGCCAGAAAGUCGCCAUAAAGAUCGUCAACCGUGAGAAACUCAGCGAGUCAGUACUAAUGAAGGUGGAGCGAGAAAUAGCUAUUCUGAAGCUCAUAGAACACCCACAUGUUUUAAAGCUACAUGAUGUCUACGAAAAUAAAAAAUACUUGUAUCUCGUGCUAGAACAUGUGUCUGGUGGAGAGCUGUUUGACUACUUGGUGAAGAAAGGCAGGUUAACACCCAAAGAAGCCAGGAAAUUCUUCAGACAGAUCAUGUCUGCACUGGAUUUUUGCCACAGUCAUUCCAUAUGCCACAGGGAUCUGAAGCCAGAGAACCUGUUGCUAGAUGAAAAGAACAACAUCAGGAUAGCAGACUUUGGCAUGGCCUCCCUACAGGUUGGAGACAGUCUCCUUGAAACCAGCUGUGGAUCUCCACACUACGCCUGUCCAGAGGUCAUCAGGGGGGAGAAGUAUGACGGGAGGAAAGCAGACGUCUGGAGCUGUGGGGUCAUUCUCUUUGCCCUGUUGGUGGGUGCCCUGCCGUUUGAUGACGACAACCUGAGGAAUCUUUUAGAGAAGGUGAAGUUGGGAGUGUUUCACAUGCCACACUUCAUCCCGCCAGACUGUCAGAACCUUCUCCGUGGUAUGAUUGAAGUGGACGCCACCAAGCGACUAACGCUAGAACAGAUUCAGAAGCACACAUGGUACAUAGGGGGCAAGAAUGAACCAGAGCCAGAGCAGCCAGUGCCCAGGAAGGUGACCAUCCGCAGCCUGCCCUCUGCAGACGACAUCGACCCAGACGUACUGGACAGCAUGCACUCCUUGGGCUGCUUCAGGGACAAAAACAAACUACUGAAAGAUCUGCUCUCAGAUGAUGACAACCAAGAAAAGAUGAUCUAUUUCCUGUUACUGGAUCGUAAGGAGAGGUAUCCCAGUCAGGAGGACCAGAACCUUCCCCCACGCAACGAAGUUGAUCCACCAAGGAAGAGGGUGGACUCACCAAUGUUGAACCGUCAUGGCAAGAGGAGACCAGAGAGGAAGUCCAUGGAAGUUCUCAGUGUGACAGACGGUGGCUCACCAGUACCAGCUAGGAGGGCGAUUGACAUGACACAGCACGGACAAAGGUCGAGGUCUAUUAGCGGAGCAUCCUCCGGCCUCUCCACCAGCCCCCUCAGCAGCCCACGGGUCACCCCUCACCCCUCCCCUCGAGGUAGUCCCCUCCCUACUCCAAAGGGCACCCCUGUGCACACCCCCAAGGACAGUCCAUCUGGGACUCCCACCCCAACGCCGCCCCCCAGCCCGUCCAUUGGAGGCUUACCUUGGAGGACGCGCCUCAACUCCAUAAAGAACAGCUUCCUGGGCUCACCUCGCUUCCACCGCAGAAAACUCCAAGUUCCCACACAAGAGGAGAUGUCCAGCCUCACACCAGAGUCUUCCCCAGAACUUGCCAAAAAAUCCUGGUUUGGUAACUUCAUCAACCUGGAAAAAGAGGAGCAGAUCUUCAUCGUCAUCAGAGACAAGCCUCUCAGCUCCAUCAAGGCGGACAUCGUUCAAGCUUUCCUCUCAAUCCCCAGCCUGAGCCACAGUGUGAUCUCUCAGACCAGUUUCCGAGCAGAGUACAAGUCCACAGCAGGGCCCACAGUCUUCCAGAAGCCGGUUAAAUUCCAGGUGGACAUCACCUACACAGAGAGCACAGCAGCCACCAAGGAGAACGGCAUCUACUCUGUCACGUUCACCCUGCUCUCAGGACCCAGCCGGCGCUUUAAGCGAGUAGUGGAGACAAUUCAGAGCCAGUUGUUAAGCACACAUGACCAGCCUGGGGUCCAGCAGCUGUCUGACGAGAAGAACGGACAGGUGCCGUACUCCUCUGGCACACCCACCAAGCGCUGCCCCUCGCCCAUGCAUGUCCGGAGGCACGAGCCCGAAAACAAUGACACCAAAUGCCCCACAGCGGGCCGAGACAAAGCCAGGUUGUCGCUGGCAUCUGUGGGGACGCCGGAGGAAGCUUAAAAACCAAUUUCAGUAUCUCUAUGAGCCAGAAGAACAGAGAGUAUCUUUGUUAACAGCUGGAUGUACAUAAUCAUUUAUGGACAUUUUUUUAAGAUGAAAUUAUUUAGAUAGAAAUAUAUUAACAGAAUCAAAGUGAUAUUUUGCAAAGAGCAUACUGCACAUCCAUCACAAACACAGUCCUGUCCUUCCUUACAUUACCCACCAUCAUCAUCCCCCCCGUACCCUGACCAUCAAUCACCUGUGCUGUGUUUUCUGCUCCCGUGCUGCUAACCUGUGUGAUGACCUGACUUGUUUCUGAUACCAGGAAUUAUCCAGAAAACCUAUUAAGCCCCUCCUCCUGCUCCCCGUUCCGCCAACCCUCCUUCAACCAACCCCUCCACCCCUUGAGCGUGCAGAGAGAUACGGACAUUUAUUGACGGAGGACUGCUUUUAGAGGUGCGCCGCGAGGGUGGGGGUUACCAUGGAAACAGACCCUUCAUGCAGACUUCUGCCUUCAUCUCCCUCUGAGCCCUCUUUUCCCACCUCUGGCAGUAGAAGUAGAUGAAAAUACCUUUAGUCCCCCCCCCCUCCCUCCCUACCCUCCCAUCUGAGAAACACACAAACACACACCUGUGCACAAGUAAUACACACAUCCUGAUGAAACAAGAAUGCACACCCUCCUCUCCAGCCUUUUCCCCUUCUCAAGGAGCAUUCAUAAUUUGGAAAUAAGCAUUUCACAACGAGACUCUUCACACACAGAAAACAUAAAGAUGCAUACACGCACAGGUCCAGUAUGCACUGAAAACUCUGGGAUGUUUGAACAAAAACAUGAACAACGAAAAGAAGACACACUGACUGAUUCGUAGGAGGAGAGAAGGGGGAGGAGUUUCUUGGACGCCCAAACAGCCGACGUGGAUGCUUGCUGGAUUGUAUUUCUUUGCUUUUUAAUGUACUUUAUUUGUGAAGAACUGGGUUUAAAAUACUAACUGAAUUUAUUAGACUUGACACUAUUGCUGCAAAAUGGACUGGAAUUGUGAUUUCAGAGAGGAGCAGGGUGAGAGCAGAACAGGGCAGAGGGGGUCAGUGGGUGAGAUGAUAUGAUAGUAUGGGGUUGGGGGGAGGGACGUGGGUGGGCAUGUGGGUAUUUAAAAUGAAUGAUCUAUUCUGUUGUACAGACUGAUAUCAUUUCUUAUGUAAAAAAAAUGAAAUGUCUAGUUGUGACACUAUGUUUAGAUACCAUAGGGUCGGGUUGGUAAACCUGCGCCUGCCACAUCAAUGUUCUUUUGAAAUCUUCUGUGUAUUUUUGUUACAUGAUCAUUUCUGUCUCUGUUUGAAUGACCUAAUAAUGAUCCAAACAUUCCUGUUUGUGUAAUCUGCAGCACUUUGUCUUUGGGUUUUUCCAUCUAUACCUCUCUCUUAGACUCACAUACCAGCAGUAGGAGUAGAGGAACAAAAAAAUGAUGACGUGAUAAAUGCAACUGUGGAUAUUUUUGUAUUUUUGUCCUUAUUUAUUCAUGUUUGUUCAUCUCACUGUUGGAUUUCCUAAUUUAUUAUAACUUGGCUAUUUAUAUGAACAAAGCUGUUAGGUCAGUUGAAUGUUAUUUAUUACCCUCUUGUGUGUUCGUAAACGGGGCAACAUUUGAAGAAAAAAAUACAACUUUUUUUUGUUUUGAAUUUAACAAAUUAUGUGAACAUGGACAAAUCACAAAUUCUCUUUUCCCUGACCUCUGUGUGGAGGGAAAGAGAACUUGUGGGAACUCUUGGGGAAAAAAUGAUUUACCAGUAAUUUAAGAAUGUAGUCUUAGCCUCUUUUUGGAGAGGGAAUAUGCUCUUCUAUUGAUAUUUGUCAGUUUCAUAUUAUCGUGCUUGUAGGCCAGGCCUGAGGAGAAGGACGCCACAGAUCCUGAUCUUCUUCUUCUCUUUGUAAAUAGACAGACAAACCGUGGGGGUUGAUUGUCUUCUCAACCGUGCUGGGGAUUCCUGCUCUAUGCUUUUAGCUUGUAUUGCUGUGUGCAUGUCAAACAUGAGCUUUUCUUUGCAUGGCUUUAGUGUUCAUAUUCCAUGCCAAACUCUCUCCUUCUCUCAGCCUUCAUUGCUCCUCUCUCUCUCUCUCUCUCUCUCUCUCUCUCUCUCUCUCUCUCUCUCUCUCUCUCUCUCUCUCUCUCUCCACAAAAUCUACCUUUCAAAGUUUUAAACUCCCCCUCUGCUCCUUACUUUUCACCCUCUCUGCUUUUAUUUUCAGCCUUCUUAUUUUUUAUUAUUCCCCACACUGGCUAAACUUACCCCUCCUCCCUCUCUCCUCCUCCUCCUCCUCAUAUCUUGUGCACAACGUCUUUGAACGAUGCUUCCUUUACUCUGUACCUCUCUCUGGAAGGCUCAGAGGUCUGAGCUCUCUUCACCUGUUUGGGUGGAAGAGGCGCAGUGAGGGGAUACCAGUACACAAACACAAAGCAAUACCCUAUUGUUCACCCUUCUUUCUGUUUUCUACAAUGGGAAGCUAGCAGCACCAAGGACAUGUGAUCAUUCUGAGGCCCAGAGCGGGUCUGUUGACAGAGCAGGAACAAAACUGACUGAUGUAAUCCCCAUAUCAAAUAACUGUGAGCAUCUUCAGUGCUGAAACAAAUAAACUCAUUAAGCUAUGGUG